GCGAAGGAGACGGGGGCGAACUGCGGUUCAAAUGGAAGGCUGAUUUAUGGAUAUCGUUGGCAAAAUAACACCGUUUAGUAGCAAGAUACUUCAGUAAAGUCUAACGCAAUUUGGCUCAGAGAAACGGACAGGUUGAUUGUCAGACUUAGCUGUAAAUCUCAGUGGAACAAACGAUGGUAAUUUCAGCCAACGGUUUACCUCCUGGUCAGCUGGAUUAAGGUGCUGCAGCUGCUUCCUCUACAUAGACCAUCCUUGAUUCACAAAGUGUUAUGGCCCCAGCACUGACCAAAAUCCUGAAUGAUGGCCAUGGGAUCCACCUAUCCUCACCUCCUGCCUCAGUCAGAGUGGACACAGAUGGGCGAGCCAUGCGCAGCACUGAUCUGGAGUCUCAGCUGAUUCCCACAGAUAAUGGUGACCUCCAAAAGAUGUUGCUGAACCUUUCUAUGAUCCCCUUUCUGGACUCCUGCCCCUUGAGUCCUCUAGAAGCCAACCCUAUUAUCACUCCAUGUCCGCAAGUGGCUCCCAGCCAGGAUGAGCCUUCGCUCUUCCCCAGCCCUGCUCACCUCCUCAGUCUCCUCUCCUCCAAUAAAGGCCUUAGGGAUUCUCAACAGGUGGCCUCUGUGUUCCCAGGUGUACCAGACAUGUUUUUAGUCCCUGUUUCUGAGUACAAUAGCCAAGAGGCCUCUCUGCUGCAGGGAUGCAGUGCAGUGCCAGAUGGUGGUGAAGUUCCUCAUUCAUAUUCCCAUGGGGAGAAAAAACACCAGGGCUACACUCCCUUUUCUACAAUCCAGCCUUCAUUGACACAGGAAAAAGAGGCAUCUUCUGAGUGUCCUUUUCAGGUAAGCUUGAGCUCAGAUCAGUCAACACAAAGACAUGAGCUGGGUGAAGCUGUGAAGGAGCAGCUCUGCAGGCAAGCAGGGCUUUGCAGCCGAGCUCAGAGACUACAGAUAAGGUUGCAAGCCUUGCUAGGAGAACACGCUCUUCAACACUGUAACCAGCAGCUAGAGGGGUUGAAAAGGUACUGCCAAUUUGAAAGCGUGUACCAAACACAUCCUAGUAUACUACCACCACAAGUGGAUUUUGAACCUUGGCAAGAGUUGUCCACAACCUCAUCGCCCUUCGCAGAGCUCAAAGAGUUCAGCCGGUGCAGCCAGGAGUUACUGAGGGGCCUGCAGGAGGCUUUGGACUCUGAGGCUACGGCCAGCAGCAGCUCAGACGAGGAAGAAGAGGUGGAGAGACACGGCAAAACAAGAACUUCACCAAUCAGCAGCAGCAGCUGUGAGAAGCAGUGGCUGGAGGAGAGAGCCGAGCUGGGUAGCAGGUGGAGCUGGUUGCAACUGAGACUGACAGAAUUAGAGGGGAGGAUUCAGCAACUGGCAGAGCUCCACAAGCACAUCCGCUCUAAUAAGGGAGGUGUAGUGCUUGCAGAGGCCCGGCCCAUGACUGACAGACAGAUUCAGUGCACCAUGCCGAGAGAAAAAAACGGGUUAUCCUGCACUGCCUUGGAUGCUGACACUGAGCCUUGCAGCCCCACACGCCUUCUACACAACAUAGAGAGACAGAGUGCUCAGCUCAGCCAUAUUGUCAACAGUCUGAUGCCUCCUCUCGGCUUUUCACCACUAUCAAAACAACCACCCAGCUGGAGUGGCAAGGGGAGCCUCACAAGUGGUCAGAAUGGAGACGUUUUACUGCCUGGGAAGAGAAGGAGAAUGGGGACCAGGCUUUUCAAAGCUGAUUUGUCAUGCGUGUGUGCUCGAACCCGACCCCUGGUCACCUAUCACAAGCCCAGACUGUUCUCUUUCAGAACCUACAGCUCCAGAAGUCCACAGGACUCUGGGACAUCUACUUCUACCCUCCUCUCUUCUCUCUCCUCAUCUUCUUGUUCAUGUUGUUCCUCCUGUGAUCCUGUUGUGCUGUGUUCUGAUCCUGACUGUAGUACCAGCAGGACCUGGACCUUAAGGACCUCUAGCUUCACACCUCACCCAGUGUUGUCUUCUUCAUUUGACAAUCCUCUUUUCCAUCCGUUAAAGGAAGCCCCGUCCAGAGAAGAAUGGUCCCAGAAGCCUUUGGUUAUCAGUGCUCAGGCAUCAAGUCCAGCACAUUGCAAACGUUGCAGCUCCACACCACUGCACAGCAGUCACAAAAACAAGCGGCAUGCCAGGCAUCAUAAGAGCAGAGUUAUGGGCCUGUCACCAAUCAGGAGUGUGGGAUCUACUGCCAGACAUCACAGGACAGUCAACCAGAGGAAAUGGAAGAGAAGGUGUAUCCAGAGGCUGAUGGAAGAAGAGGAGGAUGUCCUGUACCAGCUCUGUGAGCCAGAGGACUGUUCAGAUGACAUUCAGGAGGAGAACUACACACAGAUUUCACACAAGCAGAUAUCUCAGGGCUGUAUACGCAAACGCCAGGGGGAGAGUGUAUUUAACAUUAACAACAUUGUCAUCCCCAUGUCUUUGACUAAAGUGGAAAAGCUGCAGUACAAAGACAUCCUCACACCAAGUUGGCGGAUAAUUGACACCUCGUCUCUGAUGAACAGGAAUAAAGAAGAGGGAAGGGAAAUUGAGGAGUGCCAGGUGGAAGACAUAACUGAUGAAGCCUUUGCCCAGAGACACUUGGCCUUAGAGCAGAGAGAGAAAAUGCGCUGGAUGUCCUGGGGGAAAAGAAAACGUUGGAGACGGCCCAACAGAUCUGGCAGCAGGUUGUCAAGCAGUGGGGGCGGGAUGUGCACAUCAGGAGAGGAGAGCUCUGUGGAGAUGAGUUGUGCUCAGCUGGAUACUGACGAACAGCAAAGCUCAGAGGAGUGGCUGCUGCCUCGGUUGCCCUGGGAGCUACGAGUGUUUCCUUUGGAUGAUGAUGAGGAAGAUGCACUGCACUGUGAUGAUCAGGAAAGGGACCCAUCAGGCCGGUCGGAAUGUAGCUCUCUCUCCUCCACAUCAAAGAACUCCAUCUCCCGUCUAUCCCCAGCUCAGUCCUCUGGAGCUACACAGCCAUCUGGUGGACAAAGCAAGGGCAGCACACACAAUGGCAGCUGAAACAGAGAGUUGCCUUAUUUUUAAACAUAUCUCACUUUUGAGACCAUGAGGAGACAGCAACUCUCUCUGAUUUCCUAAUUCUGGUAUCAUAUGUUUAGUAUUUUGGUGUUGAUUACUUCACACUGUGAAGCAAAGUGUUUAUUUUGUAAGUAUUGUAACUUGUGUCACAAUGUUUUAAACUGACUGCUGUAGCAAGUGCUACACUUAGAUAUUUUGAUUAACAAGAGGUACUUUAUGUUAAGAAUAUAUAUAGAUCUAUACCAGCACUGCUCCACUGUAGUCUCAGGUCUGUAUACACAUGCACUAUUUAUUGUCAUUGUUGUCUCUCAAAGUCUACAUCUAGCAUUAUAUACACGUAUCUAUUUAAUCUUUUCUGGGUUAACAUGGCCUUUUUAUAUUUAAUGCUUUCAAUUGACACUGUCAUUUUUUAUGUAUUUCUAUGACAAAGAACAGCAAUGAUUGACAAAAAAUACACAAUGGUGAUAAACAAUAAACAAAUGUUGGUUCUCUUA